GCGCAAUUUUACCUCCAAUUUCAUGCAUUCAAGUGCUGAAAGAGCCAAGCGUAUUUGUGUUUCUGAUUUUUUAAAGUAAUUUUAAUUUUAUUGCAGAACUCUAGAUAAUGACCUCAUCCUUGAAUUGUAGUGGAGUGAUUCAGUGGUUAACACCACAGAAGACGGUAACCAAAUCUGUGAAGGCGAAAGCAAUGAUAAUGCAGCUAGUUCGGAAUGAGUUUCGGGAACUAUUCCUUUGCAUCGCAGCAAACAAAGCUAACUACAAGUACCAACUCACAGACUUUCAGGUACACAAAAAUUUUAUCCAUGAAGGAAAAGCAACAAUCAACUUCAUGCAGCUAAACAUAUCUGUUUUGAUAUCAAACGCCCCACCAACGCACCUCCUAACGUUUCUGAAAGUUAUCUUCAUUAAAGUGGCAAGUGCCAAGAAAUCUCCCAAAACAAGUGCGAGGAAUCAGCUCCUGUCAACCAAGCAGCAGAUGACAGAAGAAAUUAGUCCGGUGAAUCCAAAAGACAUCAACCGUACACAGUCACAGGCGAAGGAAAAGAUGCAAAGGAUGCCAGCUGCAGAGCUGCGUAAAAAACUCUUGAAAGCAGAGAAACAGAAACAGGAACAAAAUAAAAAAGGGUUAGUUACAUUUGAUUUUGUGUCUGAGCUGUCUAAGGAACAGAAACGCGUUUUGGAUGCUGUUUCGGGUAAAAGGAACAUUUUUUUUACUGGAAGUGCUGGCACUGGCAAGUCCUACCUUCUGCGCUGCAUUUUGAAUUCCUUGCCGCCAGACGUCACUGUUGCUACAGCCAGCACAGGAGCAGCUGCUUGCCUUGUUGGAGGAGUAACCCUUCAUUCUUUUGCAGGUAUUGGAGGAGGUACGGGAACAUUAGAACACUGCUAUCAGCUGGCUUCAAGACCACAAGUUGUGCAAAACUGGCGCAAAUGCAAGAACUUGGUCAUAGAUGAAAUCUCUAUGGUGGACGGAGAUUACUUUGACAAGAUUGAGGCAGUUGCAAGGCGUGUGAGGAAUAGCGAUGCGCCAUUUGGUGGAAUCAAACUUAUUCUGUGUGGCGAUUUCUUGCAGCUGCCACCCGUCGCAAAAGAUUCUAAAACACGGUUCUGCUUUCAAUCAGAGGCGUGGAGCCGUUGCGAACUCCAGUGCUUCAAUCUGAAGGAAGUCCAUCGACAGUCUGAUCCAGAGUUUAUUAACAUGCUUAACAAUAUUCGAGUAGGAAGAGUUACUCCUGAAGUGUCAGAUCGGUUAAUAGCAACUGCCCGGAAUAACUUAGAAAAAGAUGGCAUUGUCCCUACACAGCUUUGUUGUCGAACUCGAGAAGCAGAACAGAUCAAUGAAACAAAACUUGCCGAGUUACAAGGAGAAAUGCGGAAAUUUGAAGCAAGGGACAGUGGAAAUUCAGCAAGUUUAGAUGAUCAAACACGUGUUAGUAAAACUUUGUGCUUGAAAGUUGGAGCUCAAGUUAUGUUAUUAAAGAAUGUAUCCGUUACAAAAGGACUUGUCAAUGGAGCUCGAGGUGUUGUUUCAAAGUUCUCUGCUGAAGGUCACCCUGUCGUUGUUUUUUGUUCUGGUGAAAGUUACACUUGCAAGCCAGAGAAAUGGUUUGUUAAAACCACAGGCGGUGGUGUUAUCACCCGAAUCCAAAUUCCUCUCCAGUUAGCGUGGGCUUUCUCCAUUCACAAGUCGCAGGGUUUGACACUCGACUGUGUUGAAAUGGCAUUGAGUGGAGUUUUUGAAGCUGGGCAAGCUUAUGUUGCCCUUUCUCGAGCGCAGAGUCUGGAUACCUUGCGAGUGGUGGAUUUUGAUCCAAAACAAGUUUGGGCAAAUCCUGACGUUCUAAAAUUCUACAGGCAGCUCAAUCGUGUAGAGGGUGCAAUGGACGCUGUUCGGGUGGGAGUCCAUGUUCGGUGACUCGUCAGCAACGCAACAUGGAAAAUUAUGGAAUAUGGCUGCACACCGAAAAUUGAUAGACCCCCACUGCAGUCAAGGCUUAAGUCAAUGUGGCAUUUUCUGUCACCCGUGCUUUUAAAAUUAAGUCUCUCCUAACUCUAGUUUCAAGUCAGGACUUAAUUAUUAUGUUUUAGAUGAACUUUUUCAUAGUAUUUUUUGAAUCUAAGGUAGGGGGAAAAAUUGUGAAGAUAUUUACCUGUGAUCAAUUGACUGAUUCUUACUUUCCUUAGAUUAAUUUUUGUUUUCUGCUCAAUUUCAUGAGAUUCAGUGGUCUGAGACUGCACUGGAAGCUUGAGUCACCAUCAUAGGGAUUGUUAAUGGACUUUUCCUUGAGAAAGCUGAUUUAUAUUAGGACAAUCUUUCAGUUUUGUCAAAUAGAUUCUUAGACGGAGACAGUUUUUCACUGGAGUAAAAUCGUUAACUUAAGUAAAAUUCAACCGUUCUCUCUUUCUUGGUCUGUUAAUUUGACAUUAUCCUAAUAAGGUCUCAUGUGAUAUCUUUGUUUAACAAAUUCUAUUGUCCUAUUUUGUAUUGCAUUUUGACUGAAUAGUUUCAAAAAGCGUUUGUUUGAGACAUUCAUCAGCAUGUAAUUAUUUAAGGUGUGGUGAAUUUUCUUCUAAGAUUUUAGUCUUUUUUUAUUUUCUUCUUUUGCUUUCUAACAAUGUGUUCGUACAGGGACAUCAGCUAUGUAAAAUAAGUCAUUUUUAAAGGGAGUGAAAAGGAGACAUUACAUUUUAACUUUUUUUGAUUUAUUGCGAACGUCUCCUAUUAUGCAUUUACUUUGAGGCUUUCAGUUUCUUAUAAUUUAUUUUUAUGUACUUUUUAACUUCAUAGUCUGGUCAAAAGAUGGAGAGUUGCAGGCUCAUACUUGUAUGAAUUUACCUUAUCGUCUUUUUAUAUUGUAUGAUCCCCAUUAUAUAUGUUGAAAAAUGUGUAUCUGGAAGGCAUUUUUUAAAAAUUCCCGAUUAUGUUUUAUUUUCUUCAGGGAAAACAAGUCAAAAUGUUUCCCUGCAAGUCUUUGUCAUUUUCUUGAAAUGAAAGGAGAAAAUCGUCAGAUAAUUUUAAUAGUAACUGUUGGUUGGUUUUUCUUUAAAAAAAUAAAACUUAUGAGUACGGACUUACAACAUUACAAUCUGAGAUACACAUUUUUCAACUCUAGCUCAAUCAAUAUUAUGCAAGUUGUACCAUUCAAGAGUAAUUUUUAAUGAGUCCUAAUCUAUCUUGUUUGAUCAUUUAAAUGUUAAAUGUGUCCACAAAUUGCAUGCAUUCUGCAUUUAAGAGCUGAAAUUUCUGGCUCAUACUAGAAAUACCUAUAUGCCAUUUGUUUCCAUAUGCUAAUAGAUGUAUUUACGGAUGACUCAGAAAUACUAGUUUUGCAAAAUGUAGUUCAAAUUAGAGAGUAAAUUUUAAGAGGGUGCUGUCUCCUUUGUUCCACUCAAUGUAUUAAGCUUUUAAAGUUUAUUUUGUUUUUGGCAUUUGCACUUAUCCUAAUUUCUUAAUUUACAUUAUUCAUGGCAUCCUAGAUUAAAUCAUAGCCUUAUAGUUACUAUAUACAUAUUUUAUUGUUUUCAACAAAAUCUCAUAUUUUCAUUUUGUUGCAAUUGUUCUAAAUGCAUCUUAGAAAUAAUCUCCAUCAGCAUUUCAAAGUUGCGCAUUAACAAUUUAAGAACCUGUUGGGAGGUGCUUUUUUGCCUGGGUAGUAUAACUUUUCCUACUUUGUUCUUGAUCUGUGACAAUCAUGAUUUACAAUUUAUUGAAAGCGUCUUUUUCUCUUGAGCAUAAUAAAUCUCAAUUUUGAUAAAUCAAA